CGUUUUUCACCGUUGCCCUGGUAACAACUGGUGAAGCGGAAGCGCGUCUGGACGUUUCAAAAUGGACAUUAGAGAGAGAAAUUUGCUUGGUGGCGGGGAGAAUAUUGUUGAAAUGCAAGAGUUGGAGGAGGAAGACUUCGCCUUUUCAAAAUCAUCGGCAGCAGAUGCUGAGUUCGAUGCCGUUAUUGGAAAUAUCGAGGACAUCAUUAUGGAGGACGACUUUCAGCAGCUGCAGCAGAACUUCAUGGAGAAAUAUUACCAGGAAUUCGACGACACCGAAGAGAAUAAACUCACCUACACGCCAAUCUUUAAUGAAUAUAUUGAGCUGCUGGAGAAGCAUCUAGAACAGCAGCUGGUGGAGAGGAUGCCUGGAUUCUGCAUGAGUGCCUUCACACAGUCUCUCAAGCAUCACAAAGACGAGGUGUCUGGAGACAUAUUCGACAUGCUGUUGACCUUCACAGACUUCAUGGCCUUUAAAGAGAUGUUUAUCGACUACAGAGCAGAGAGGGAAGGCCGUGGGCUGGACCUGAGUGAGGGUCUGGUGGUGCGCUCCCUGACCUGUGUGGCCCCCACGUUGCUCCCCUCGGCCACCGCACUGCUGCCCCAGUGAACCAGCACAGCAGCCAUCUUCCCAACCAGCCAGCCAGGCCAGACAGCCUUGCCUAUUCUCUCCACCCCAGCAGCCAUCUGCCACCAGCUCAUCAGCAGCUCAUCAGCCUGACGAGCUCAUCAGGCACAUCCCAUCCCCAUCCCAUCCCAGCCUGUCCCACAUCUUCUCCAUCUCGGAUCCUCCUACUCUUUCCCAUCCCAUCCCAUUCAACAGAUCCCACUCUUUCCCAUCCCAUCCCAUUCAACAGAUCCCACUCUUUCCCAUGCCAUCCAUCUCGGCUCAUCCCAGUGUGUCUGUGCUCAGCCGCAAAAACUCCGCCGCCUCGUUAUCAGGGAUCCACUCUGGCCUGACGGGGACAUCCGGACACUUCCCCCCCCUCUCCCAGCCAUAGAGACAUUCACCAACAUGCUCUACCGACAUAAUGGAGACCAACUAUGGAAUUCCUGCACCGGUCACGUGCAGUAUUGUGAAUAAUAUGCACCUGAACUCAA